AGAGCUGUGGACGUCAACUCGAACAUGGCCGACUCAAAUCUGCUAGGAUUGACGUGCUGGCUGAUUGACACUCGAACCCUAUGGCCUGGCCAACAUAUCAAGGACGCUGUUAAUGAGAGAGAUGUUGUUCUCAGGAAGAUUUUCAUCGCCGAUGCUCGCAUGUCUCUUGCCUCUGCCCUGCUAAAACGACUCUACAUCUCGAGAGCCCUGAGCAUACCCUGGCAAGAUGUGAAAAUAGCUCGUAAAGGAGAUCCUACGCAUGGCAAACCUUGCGCGGUAUCGCCAGAUGGUUCNUUUGCCCAUAUCGACUUCAACGUUUCUCAUCAGGCUGGUUUGGUUACUCUUGUGGGCUGGAAUCCACCACCGGGUCAAUCACAAUCUGCUCUUGUGGGAACGGAUAUCGUCUGUGUCAAUGAACGCGAUGACUAUCGCACUAUUGAUCAAGAGGGCUUUGAUGCAUGGAUAGACAUCUACGAAGACGUCUUCUCAGAGGCAGAACGCUGGGACAUGAAAUAUAAUGUCGACUACAUUACCCUGUUAGACGGCAGGCACAUCCCAGGCGACGACCUCGGCCGAGCCGAUCGCUGCGUACGACGAAACAAAGACCUCAGCAUCACCCUACCAACCGGCGAAAUCCACACCUUCAGCAGCGAUCUCCUAAUCGAUGCCAAACUACGACGCUUCUACAGCUUCUUCUGCUACAAAGAAGCCUACAUCAAGCUAGCCGGCGAAGCCCUCCUCGCCCCCUGGCUCAAAGAACUCGAAUUCCAAAACCUCAAAAGUCCAAAGCCAGGAACGGUAGCACGGUGUUCCACGCACGGGACCUGGGGAGAAAAACUCAGCAAUGUCGAGGUUGUGUUGCACGGCACCAAAGUCGACGAUGUCAAGAUGACUUUACAGGCUUUUGAGGAGAAUUUUAUGUUGGCUACUGCUGUGCAAGGACUGCAGCAUUUGGAAGCACCGCCAUUCACAAAGUUGGAUUUGGAGAAUGAUGUUCUUGGGUUUGCGAGGUAG